AUGAAUUUUCUUGAUCUCCCAUCAGAGCUGCUCUUCUUGUGGCAUGCGCAUCGCACAGAAUUUCUCGUCGCCGCCGGAGUUUUCAUCGCGUUGAUCCGCCUAACGGCGCAUUGGCGCAGCACCAGAUCCAAAGUCGUCCUCACACCGCGAUCAAGCACCCCCACCACCGAAAAACCCGAUCCGAUAUCCAUUCCUGCCGUCAAAGAUACUCCCGCACGAAUUGCUGUCAAGAAAGUACCGAGACGAGUCAAAGGCGUCAAAAACCUCAAACAAACCUCUCAAGUCCAAGAAACGACACCCAUUUCCGCCAUCCAACCCUACGUUUUCUACUUUACCCUCGGCGGUAGCACCAAAUCUCACGCUGAACGACUCGCAUCCACAUUCCCCACGUCCGACUCUCGAAUCCUCCCUCCUCAACUCCACGAUUUGGCGGAGAUUGAUCACGAUGACUUCYUCAUUUCCCCUCCCGCAACACAAGAUGCAGAGACGGCGGCAUUCUACAUGAUACUGCUGCCUAGCUAUAAUAUCGACACGGAAUUGGCAAACUUCUUGGGACAUUUGGAUGAGACACACCAUGAUUUCCGAAUUGAUACAGCGCCGCUGAGGGGAUUGGCGGGAUAUGCAGUGUUUGGGUUUGGAGAUCUGGAGGAAUGGCCGAGUGAGGAGGAGGGAUUCUGUUCACAGGCCGUGGAGGUGGAUCGAUGGAUGGCCAAGUUGACGGGCAGGAAGAGGGCGUUUCCACUGGGAAUGGGAGAUGUGAAGGAUAAGGUGGGAAUGGAGGUGCAGUUGGAAGGAUGGAGGCGAGGGGUGUUGAGUGUCAUGAAUGAUUUGAGUGAAGGGAAAGGAUUGGGAGAGGGUGUUCGUGGCAGUGGCGAUGCGGUGGAAAGUGAGGAUGAAGGAGAGGAAGCGCAGGAUGGUGACGAAGAGACUCUCAUCUCCAAACCCCAAGAUCUGGAAGAUAUUCGACCUCCCAUUCCCGUCGACUUUACCACGACAUCCACCAAAACUUCCACUUCUCACAUCACCAACAUACCCAAAGAAAUGGUCCCCAUCAACUCCCCUACCCACACCUCCCUCACCAAACAAGGCUACAGCAUCAUCGGCUCCCACUCCGGCGUCAAAAUAUGCCGCUGGACCAAAUCUGCCCUCCGCGGUAGAGGAUCCUGCUACAAAUACUCAUUUUACGGCAUCGCAUCCCAUCGCUGCAUGGAAGCUACUCCGUCCUUGUCUUGCUCGAAUAAAUGCAUCUUCUGUUGGCGCCACGGCACCAACCCCGUAGGCACAACUUGGAGAUGGCAAGUCGAUCCUCCCGACAUGAUCUUUAAAGGCAUGCUAGAAGCUCAUGUGAAGAAGAUCAAAAUGCUUCGCGGCGUUCCCGGGGUCCGAGCAGAGAGAUUCCAGGAAGGCAUGGAAGUGCGACAUUGCGCUCUUAGUCUCGUGGGAGAACCGAUCUUCUAUCCGCAUAUCAAUGAGUUGUUGGGAAUGUUACACGCGCAACAUAUCUCCAGUUUUCUGGUCUGUAAUGCGCAACAUCCGGAUCAACUGGCUAGUUUGGGACCCGUUACGCAGYUAUAUGUGUCCAUUGAUGCUUCGAAUAAAGAGAGUUUGAGGAGGAUCGACAGGCCUUUACAUCGAGAUUUCUGGGAACGAUUCCAGAAAUGUAUGGAGAUCCUCCGGGAGAAACGGGAUACGCAUCGGACAGUCUUCCGUCUUACUCUUGUAAAGGGCUUCAACAUCGAAGAGGAAGUUUCCGGCUACGCGGAUCUUGUGGAGAAAGCUCUUCCUUCAUUCAUUGAAGUCAAAGGUGUGACGUAUUGUGGUACCACCACAGCCGCUGGAGCGGGACUUUCGAUGCAAAAUGUUCCUUUCUAUGAGGAAGUCCAAGGUUUCGUCCUGGCGCUCGAGAAGGAGUUAGGGAGAAGAGGGUUGGAGUAUGGAAUUGGAGCCGAGCAUGCGCAUAGUUGCUGCGUGUUGUUGGCGGAUCGAGGCAGAUUUUUCAAGGAGGGAAGAUGGCAUACGUUGAUUGAUUAUGAGAAGUUCUUUCAACUUGUGGAGAGUGGAAAGGCUUUUGGUCCUGAAGAUUAUGUUGGAGGUCCUACUGCGGAAUGGGCCGCUUGGGGCAAAGGAGGUUUCGAUCCUAGAGAUGAGAGAGUUGAUCGGAAAGGGAAACCAAAAGAGGUCCAGGCUGCAAACUAUCCCGAUCUUGUGGACGGGAAGAGGGUGGUGGAGAUUUGA